GCGCGCCAAAAUUAAGACCGAGGACAAAAGUCAAUGCCGUGUGUUAUGUCUGCGCAUUGAAUUGUUAGGUUGGAAAUGGUCGAAGAAAUGGACAGUGGAAAUGUUUCUCUGAAGCAGACUCGUCUUCCUUUUAAAAUGUUGGAUGCUAAAUCCGAUGCGCAUCCUAUCGAAAACGUGCGAAAACGAAAGUUAUCUGAUUGUGAUGACAACAACGAUGUGGCUAAGUGUAAAAAAGGUAGCGAAACGUUAUCACUCUCCAAUUUUGAUAAAGUCGAGGCAAAUGUCGAGAUCGAAAAUAGACCAAACGUUACGUCUAGUCCCAAAAUUACUAAGCAAACUAAACGACUUUCGCAGAAUUGCACCGAAGCAAUGACAUUAUCCCCACUUAAACGAGCAGAAUUUCUCGAAUCGAGCACUUGUACGUCCAAAACUAAUAAAAAUAUAGAAACCUUUAAUGAUUCUGGAUUAGAUUCCAGUGCAUUGGUGGAAGAAAACAACAAAGGUGAACCAUCUGCAAUUAAUUCGUUCUUGGACGAAUCUUACAAUGAUACUGCGAGAGUCGACAGUUCUCGGAAUAAUUCCAAUGUUGAAUUUGUAGGUAAUUCCGUGAGUGGUGGCAAUGCUUCUUCGACUGCAGAUUCUCCUACCGAUGAAAGUUUAAAUAAUAACAGUCCCUUGAUAAUUGAUAUUGGGGACGGUGACGACGAUGAUAAUAGUCCAGGAAUUAAAACUGCAAAUGUUAAUAAAAUGAAAUUAACUAAGAUUCAGAAAGAAAAAAUUAAACGGGAAAGACAGAGAAUAAGAUUGGAAACGAAGGAACGUAAAGAAAGAGAGAGAUUGGAAGCCAAAGCUAAGAAAGAAAGAGAAAGAAACGAGAAGUUAAAGAAGAAAAAGGAAAGAGAAGAAAAGGAACGUCUCGAAAGACUGAAACAGAAAGAAGAAAGGCGUCAGCAGAAACAGUUGUUAUUGGAGUCUAAAUUACUGGAAAAGAAAAAACGAGAAGAAGAGAGGCAAAAGAAGUUAGAAGAGAAGAAAAGGGCCGAAGAAGAGAAACAAAAGAAAUUAGAAGAGAAACGAAAAGCUGAAGAAAUGCAAAAAAUGCUGGACGAGAAGAGAAAGGCAGAAGAAGAGAAGAAGAAGGAAAGAGAAAAGGCUGCUUUUGUUAGCUUUUUUGUAAAAACAGAACCUACACUGUUACCUAUGAUUGAUUAUCAAGAAAGUUUAUUUCUUCCAUUUGAAAUUACAAAACAUAUGAAAGUUGCUCCUCCUGUGCCUUCAAUUGCUUUUGAAAAGUUUAAUCAAGAAAACUUUGAAAGCUUAGUAAGUGCUCAAAAUGAAAAUGUAUUAUAUACAAACGAACUUAAAAUUGGAGCACGUAAGCCGUAUAAGUUUUGUAAAGAGUUCAGAAGUGACGUUGACGAAAUAGAUGAUGAUGUUAUUGUUAUAGAUAGCAAAGAAUGUGAAAUGAAGAAGAAAUUAAAACCUAAAUUAUUACAAUUUUGUGAAAAUGUUAGACCACCGUAUUGGGGGACUUGGAGGAAAAAAAGUAUUAAAAUUUCUGCUAGGAAACCUUUACAAAAAGAUUCAAAUUGUUUCGAUUAUGACAUAGAUAGUGAUGAAGAAUGGGAAGAGGGGGGUCCGGGGGAGAGCUUAUCGGGUACCGAAGACGAAAAAGAAAGCGAAGACGAUUACGAAGUGGAUAACGAUUUUUUCGUGCCUCACGGAUAUUUAUCGGAAGACGAAGACGGAGAUGAAAAUCUUAGUCUGGAAUCUAAGAGGGCUCUUUUAAAAAUGAGAGAGAGAGAAUUUCAAGAUGAAAGAAAUAAAAAGUGCUCGGAAUUAAAGCCUGAAAUUAUUGCAACAUUUAAAGGGAACGGAAAAAUUGAAUGGACAGCCAAGUUGGAGGAUACGUUAAAGUUAUAUUCUCCUGUUUUUCUAACAUCGUGUCCAAUAAUGACGACACAGAUAUCAUGUAAAUCCUCUCAAGAUUCACGUGUAGAUACCGCUAAUUUAUCAUCGUCCUGUUUGUGUGAACUUCAAAAAUCUAGCUCAAAACAAUUUGUUCCAGAAGAAGCCAUGCCACAUCUAAUUAAACUCGUUCAUGCAAAUACAUUUGGUCGUCAGACCGUAAUUAAAGAAUUUCAAAAAUUUUGGCAACAACACUGUUCAGAUAAGUCAGAUGCAGAAUCUUCACUACAAGUAAGUGUUCCAGCUUUAUCUGAAAAUAUCGGUCAAAACGCGAACUGUCCACAGCCGCCAAAUUUAAAAAUUGGUCGCAUAUCGAAAAGGCAGGUAGAUGUCACUCUUCAGAAGAUAGCCGAGUGGUGUAAAAAUCUCACUCUGAAUAAACAUUGCUGGUGGGUUCACGAGGAAGUUCUGCAACAGUACAAUCUGACAGAUCUUCCAGUGCCUAAUAAUUGGCAGUACGUAACUCCACCGAAAGAAUUGAAACGCUCGAGUAUCACAAAUAAAGAUACGCCGUCUAUUAAAAAGUUUGCAAAAAUCAUUACUCUUAGUAAUUAAAAUGAUAUAUUGGUUUAGUUUAAAUAUUGUGUUUAUAUCUAUUGUAAUUCACAAGGAGCUUUUAUAGCUAGGUGGAUAAAAAAAGAAAUUAGUUUGUUAGUGAUAUUUAUACAAAUG